AUGGCCGACAACCACUUCGACCAGACGGUUCGCCCACAGCCUUCGUCUCGUUCAUUGACGAGACCCGGCACCGCUGGCUCUGCUUCUGUCCGCCCCUCGCUACAUCCCGCUCCUUCGUCUAACAGCAUGUACAACGCUGGCGCUCCCGAGUCGGCAGAGCUCCUCCUCCCUCCCAGCCGCUCUCGCCCGUCACGGCGCUUCCGCGACGACGACUCACCCAUGAGGUCGCCAAGUCAGAGUGGCUACAACUCGCGUCGCACGAGUUGGGGUUCCGAAUCCACUGGCAGCAGAGAUAGUCGAGUCGGUCCUUUCGCCUCUCCCUUCGACGACUCGCGCGCCCCUUCACGUGCCGGCAGCGACGACGAAGGUGUAAACACCCAGACCGUCUCGGAGAAAUACAACAUCCUGCCUUCUGCUGGCCUGCUUCUGUUCCCCGAAGAUGUCGAAAAGGACGAUUACCUACACAACCCAGACCCCAACGAAAAAGAAGGCCGCAUAACGUGUUCCGACUUGUUCUCGAAACGUGGUAUUACCAAUUUGGGUGGUCUCGUGCUGAUCACCCUGGGAGUAUUCAUGCUUUUUAUCGGAUAUCCCAUCAUUACUUUCGCUGUCAAGUACAACGAACCCAAGAUUAACACGUGCACCUCCGAUCCCAUGUGUAUCAAGAGCGACGUGGCCCUUUUGAAGAACGUACGCCACGGUCUCAUUGACCCUGCCACACCCAGUUCCGUCAUGACAAGGAAAAACGUCAAUGGCAAAACUCUUAAUCUUGUGUUCUCCGACGAGUUUGAAACUGACGGCCGUACUUUCUACGACGGUGAUGACCCGUACUUCCAAGGUGUUGACAUCUGGUAUGGUGUUACCCAGGAUCUCGAGUGGUAUGAUCCCGACGCUAUCACUACCAAGGACGGUGUUCUCGAGAUCACAUUCGACGCUUUCCAGAACCACGGCCUCAACUACCGUUCAGGUAUGCUGCAAUCCUGGAACAAGCUUUGCUUCAAGGGUGGUUACCUGGAGGCGAGUAUUUCACUUCCUGGUAGAGGUGACACGAUCGGUUUCUGGCCUGGUUUCUGGGCCAUGGGCAACCUCGGCAGACCUGGAUACCGUGCCACAACCGAUGGUACUUGGCCUUACAGUUACUCGGACGUCUGCGACCCCGGUAUCACUGCCAACCAGUCUUCUCCUGAUGGCUUCAACUGGCUUCCCGGAAUGCGUCUGCCUGCUUGUACUUGUGAUGGUGAAGAACACCCUAGUCCUGGAAAGUCACGCUACGUUGCCGAGAUCGAUGCCAUCGAAGCCAGUGUGUCGUACCUCGAUCCUGACAAGUUCGGCGCCGCCGUCGGAUCAGCUUCGCAAAGUUACCAAACUGCUCCUUUCGACAUCUUCUGGCGCCCCGACACCGACUUUAUCGAGGUCUACGAUCCUUCCAUCUCCGAGAUGAACUCCUACCAAGGCGGUGUCUACCAACAGGCUCUUUCAACCGUGACGCUUCUCAACAACGACUGGUACGAUGGUAAGGCCUACCAGGUGUAUGCCUUUGAGUACGAGACUGGUGAUGACGGCUACGUUGCCUGGUACGUUGGUUCGGAGCCUACGUGGAAGAUGACUGCCGACGCCGUCGGACCCAAUGGAAACAUCGGACAAAGGGUCAUGCCCGAGGAACCCAUGGCGCUCAUUGCCAACUUUGGUCUCUCGGCCAGUUUCGCACAGUUGAACUGGACCGGUCUCGCCGAGCUCAUGCCCGGCAAGAUGAGAUUCGACUACAUUCGCAUCUACCAGGACGAGGACGGUGAGAUGACUUGCGAUCCUGUUGGCUACCCCACCACCGAGUACAUCAAGAAACACUCGAACGCAUACGAGAACCCCAACAUUACAAGUUGGGAGGAUGCAGGAUAUGCCUGGCCGCAGAACCAAUUUGUCGACUCGUGCAAGAGCAGUGCAUACAAGGGCCCGAACUAA